UCGACCACAAGUCUGAUUCGGAUAUGAAAAUUCAAUGAAAACAUUGUACCUGACUGAAAUAAUAAUAAUAGAACAACUUUUAAAUAUUUUAGAUAUCUAAUAAUAAACAGAAAUUCAUUUAAUAUUUGAGUUUACGGCCACCAAAAAAAUACCCGCGCUUCUUAAGCGCGGAUCAAAAUCUAGUCUUCUCUAUUAAAAGAGAAGUACUAUUUUUAUCCACCAUAAAAAAGUCACAAUAGGUCCAUUUCAUUAAUAACAUAAUAUAACAUAAUAAUCAAUAAGAAUAUUAUAAUAAAUCUAUUUUAACAAUAAAUUUGAAUCUUAUUUUUAGUUAUAGAAAAAUCUGCUGAGAAAAAUCUAACAAAAUCUUACUAAGCUUUUUAAAUAUUUUUUAAUUAAAUAAUGUUUAAUUAAUUUCGUAAUUAAUGAUAUAAUUUAAAUUAAUAUUGAUUAAAUUUUAUUAUAAAACAAAAAAAGUUCUAUGCUACUUUUUACAAAUUUAUAAUUAUAAUCUGUAUUAUAUUAAAGUAGAAGUAUUAUAUAAAAAUAUGAAAAAAUAUAUUAAACUGCUAAAUUAACUUAUUUAAUUUUUUAGAAAAGCUUUCAUAUAUAAAUUAUCAUUUAACAUUAAACGGGUUAAAAUAAGUUAACUACAUAAUAUUUUAUACCAAAAUAAAGUUAUUAACAUAUGUUAAAUUUUAUUUCUACAGCUAUAUAUUUUUCAAAAUAUCAUAUGUUGAAGAAGAUUCUUAAUUUGAUUAUUUCAAAUUAUAUAUUAAUUAUACCAAACUUGAAAAUGUAAUAACAAUUAAUAAAAGAGUAAAAGACAUAAACAAAAUCACUAUAUAUUAAUAAAAUAAUAAAAAACAUAAACAAUAAAAUUUAAUAGUUAUAUAAUACAUUACACUAAAAUAUAAAUCAUAUAUAUUCAAAAAUUGUAUGGUAAUGUCAAAGUUUAUAAAAUGAAAAAUUUCCGCACGAAUGUGCGGGAUAAAUUCUAGUAUUAGUUUAAUUGGUAUGAUGUAAUACAUACAGAUUAUAAUAAGUUAAUGAUCUUUUGACUGAAACAUAAUAGAAACGAGAUUUUGUGAUGUUAGAAAUUUUUUAGUAAUAUCAAAAGCCAUAAUAACCAUAAAAAAAAUUAUUAGUACUUUAAUGUCUGUUUUCAUAGUGCAUUUAUCACUAAAAAUUAAUAUAAUUAUAUCAUAAUACCUAUUUUAUUAAAAAAUUAAAGUAUAUGAAAUAGUAAAAUAAGUAGGUGUUAUAUAUUUCGAGUAAAACAAAUCAAAAUAUCAUUAUUCCAAUUUUUGUUUCUUUUUUAAGUUUUUCUUAAAAUGAUCGUAUUUUGCGUGUAAUGUUUGAUAUGUUGUUAUGUUCUCACGAGAGCUGCUUCCCAGUUCCCACAUUCGGAACGGAAUCAAUUGCUCUGCUCAUACUCUGCUUCACUCGGAUAGUCUAGCUAUUCAACUUGCAACCAAUCCGGUCUUUCACGCACAUAUAAAGCAUAUAGAAAACGAUUGUCACUUCAUUCACGAUGAGCUCACACGAUGUACGAUAGUAACAACAUAUGUUUCCACAAAGACACAGUUGGUGAUACAAUGACAAAAGCAUUGGGAAAGAAAGAGUUCGAAACUUUUCUCUGUAAGUUGGGUGUGUUCAAAAUCCACACUCCACUUUGAGGAAAGGUAUUGAGCCUAUUGAACUAUCAGUUUUGUAAAGCUUGUUGUAUAUUUUAGGAUUAUCGUUAUAUAUGUAUACUAAUGUAAAGGAGACAGCCUCCUUACGAAAUCAAUAAGGGAGCCAUUCAUAACUUCUGAAGUUUCUCGAGAAGUCAAAACUAGCUAUCCAAACCCUAAGAAAGUUGACGGGAGGAGCCAAAACAAAAAAAAACGCCAAAUACUAGAAAAAUAGAUGAUAAACAAAACGGCCAGAAACAAAACCAAAAAAAAAAUAGGCACGGUUGGAUUUCUUUUGAGCUUUUGACUCAUUUAUUUGGCUUGUAUUAUGGAUCUUCAGUAAAAUAUCAGAUGACAAAAAAUUUAUGAAUAUUUCAAAAACAAAACAGAGUUGCGGUCCCAUUUUCUCGAUCACAUAUAUAAGAGCAAAAAGCUUACAAACUUUGGAUUCUUUAAUCUCUGUUUCUUUUCUUUCUUUUUUUUCCUUCCGAGUCUUAUUAUAUCUACUCAAACCUUAAGUCACAAUUAUUUUGACAGAUUCAUCUCCACUAUUUAAGAAGCUUGUUUUGAACUACAUGAAACCUUUGCCUGUAACAAAAUCAACAACCCCGUUGACUCUGAAAAAUCCUCAACUGCUAAGUUCAAAGUAGGUUAUAUGUAGCUCUCUCUUAAAACAAAGAAGAAGAAAAAAAGCAUCAUCUAGUGUUAGAUCUAGUUCUUGAUUCUUAAAACAGGGUUAUAUUCUUGUGAUCUCUCUAAAACUAUUUGAAAAUGGCUGAUAGCUACGAGAACCAAGCUCCUUUGAAGCUUCAGGGGAAGUUUCAAGCAAAGGUUGUUUGCUGUAUUCUUGGAAUCGGAUCUCUCGUUUCUUGGAACAGUAUGCUCACUAUUGCAGAUUACUACUACCAAAUUUUCCCGGAUUAUCAUCCCUCAAGGGUACUAACACUUGUAUACCAACCGUUUGCGCUUGGAACCAUCUUGAUUCUUGCUUACCACGAAUCAAAAAUCAAUACCAGGAAGCGUAACCUCUUUGGUUACAUUCUAUUCACAAUAUCCACGUUCUUGCUAAUAAUCUUGGAUUUCUUAACAAAAGGUCACGGUGGAAUCGGACCUUAUAUUGGUUUAUGCGCAAUCGUUGCUUCUUUUGGCCUCGCGGAUGCUACCGUCCAAGGAGGAAUGAUCGGCGAUUUAGCAUUGAUGUGCCCUGAACUCAUCCAGUCAUUCAUGGGCGGUUUGGCUGUAGCUGGCGCACUAACGUCAGCACUUAGGCUAAUAACUAAAGCAGCUUUUGACAACUCAAACGAUGGACAACGGAAAGGAGCAAUGAUAUUCUUAGCAAUAUCAACAUUCAUUGAGUUUCUGUGCGUGCUGCAUUACGCGUAUGUGUUUCCAAAACUCCCCAUCGUUAAGUAUUAUCGAAGAAAAGCAGCUUCUGAAGGUUCCAAAACUGUUUCUGCUGAUCUGGCUGCUGCUGGUAUCCAAAAUCAAUCUGAUGUGCUUCUUGAUUCUUCUAUGGGGACUGAUGAUGAUUCCAAGAAUCAAAGACUAAGCAACAAAGAGCUAUUGCUUCAAAACAUAGACUAUGCUCUUAAUCUAGCCCUCAUCUAUGUUUUAACAUUGUCCAUUUUUCCCGGGUUCUUAUACGAGAACACUGGACAACACGGGCUAGGCCCUUGGUACACGCUUGUCCUAGUAGCGAUGUACAAUUCCUGGGACUUGAUCGGGAGGUAUACGCCGCUGGUGAAAUGGCUCAAGCUUGAGAAUAGAAAGGGUCUCACAGUUGCUGUUUUGUCACGCUAUUUCCUCAUUCCUGCGUUCUACUUCACCGCAAAGUAUGCUGAUCAAGGAUGGAUGAUAAUGCUCACUUCUGUUUUGGGAUUAACUAAUGGACAUCUCACAGUUUGCAUUCUCAGCGCAGCUCCUAAAGGCUACAAGGGUCCGGAGCAGAAUGCAUUAGGAAAUUUGUUGGUGAUUUUUCUGUUAGGAGGAAUAUUUGCAGGAGUUGCUUUAGAUUGGCUAUGGCUUAUUGGUAAGAAUGAUGCUUUUUGACUACUCAUAAAUAUUCCAGCAAAUUAUUCACCUAAGUAAUUGGACUUUUUUUACUUAUUUUGUCUUAUGAAAAACCUAAAAUCCAUUAUUAUUUGCUUGUAAUUUGGAAGUGUUGUUAUCCUUGAAACCAGAGGAUAUUUAAUUACACUAGAUCCCAUGUCCACGCUACGAUUAUAAAUUUUAAAUAUACUAGGGGGGUGCCCCCGCGCUUGCGCGGGGUCGUUGACGUUAUUGUUACUUUAUCUAAAUCUUUGGACGUGAUGGUGUGUUUGUGAAGUUGUGUUUUGCUGUUUGAUCUUAAAACUUGUAUUUUGGAUAAGGAGGAAGAUGAUAGUGAGGUUAGAAAAUUAGUUAGGGAUGUUAUUUAAAUUUUAUUCAUAGUGGAUGUCUAUUGUGUAUCUUCGUAUAAUGUUAUAUGGGGCUAUAUCUUAUGUUUGGUCUUUGAUGGUUUUUGUUUAUUGUUUUUGAUCGUGGCGUAUCUGUAAGUAGACUUAAUUUGAAGCUUUAAUUUUAUUGUUAAAAAAAUGCGCAGGUUUUAGAUGCCAUAAAGUAGACUUUGUAAAAUAACUGUUUGAGAAAAAGAAACUUGAGAAGAAACUGACUGGAGCACGAGGAUGUUGUUUUUGGAACUCCUAACAAAGCCAGGUGUUGUUUCUCUUUCUUUGAAGCGGGAGUGAGAGAUUGUUUUUGUCCUCCUGCAAGUCAUGUAAGAGUGUGUUUAAAACUCAUAAAUUUAGUUUGAUGCUGCUAUCAAUUAAUCAAUAAAAAACCUCGAGAUGAGAUUGUUAACAUUUUCAAUCUUGAUAUCAAGUCGACGAUAGUGUUGCUAUGUGAACA